GGAUGGAAGUGCAGAACUGUCAAAGUUAACACUGCGAGAGGAACUUUAAAUAAGACCUCGGGUUAGCUUGCGAAACUCCAUGAUUCCUUGGUGAAAUAGAUAUUUAACCGCCCAGCCGGAGGGCUUGACUUUUAAGUUGCGAAAAUGGCGUCAACAGUAACAAGAACUUUACCACCGCUGUCGGCCGGUCGACAGAUGGAGACUAUGCAUGUGCGUCCAAAUAUGGCGAACAGAGGCCAAGGUAAUGUGUUGUCACUGCAGAAUAGCAAGGCUAAUAACAGGCUACGUUUAGAUCCUGCCCGUGCUCUGGAGCCAGCUAGGAAAAAAAUAGCAACACUUGAAGCUCAGCGUGUGAUGACCGUUUUUGACGAGACAAUAAAGCGUUCGGAAAUUAUAACACUGAUGCCCUUUGUACUGGAGAACUUGUCAAGGUUUAAUGUGGUUUUUGGGUCCGAGUUGGUGGAAGCCCUUGAGCAGCAUGGAUCCAUCAAGAACAGCUAUGAGGAGAUCAGAAAUCAGCUAGAAAAGAUCCGACGAAGACGUGAAAAAAGUUCAGACUCAUUGCACUCAAAUCUUAGCCAAGCUGACCAGGGUGAAGGGCAUGAUGUUGAAGAUGGUGAAAGUACGGGAGAAAAGUCACGACCAACAAGUCAGUACAGCCAGCAUUCCGUAUCAGCUUCGGAAAGUCAAAUGGAUAAUGUUAUGAGAAAUUUGAGUUUUGUUGCGCAGCAAUUGAGCACAUCAACCAAAAAUGUGCUGAGGCUAUUCUCAGUCAAUCCUGCUGCGAUGAGUGCGGUGCGAGCAGAGGUGGGAGAAAGAGCUAGAGAGUGCCAGUCAUUUAUCACAGCUCUGGAGGAGCUCAAGGAAGUCCUGUUGGUCAAAUUGUUGACCACUCCAGUCGAAGAGAAGGAAAAGUUUGAUUAUCUCCAUGAGAUUUCUCUCAGGGAACAACAAAAUGCAGCUCAUAUCGUAAAGCUAGAGGCUGAAGUGAAGGGGGCACAGGACGACCGGGAUGAGGAGAUAAGGAAGAAGAAUGACGUGAUCAGAAGGUUGCAGGCAGAACUGCAUCAGAUUGAGAAGUUCUCAGAGGAACACAUUAGAAGAGUGAAGUCUGAGGCCGAGAAGCAGGAAUCUGCUGACAUCAAAAACAGUGAGGGCAGGACACAGAAGCUUUCUCAGGAGGCGAGUCAGCUGAAAACACAGCUGCAAAACCUCAUCCAGGAGCACAGAGAGCAGGAACAGCAGUUGAGGAAGAAAAAAUUCAAGAUUGAAACUGAAGUUGAAAACUGGAUCCAGAAAUAUGACAGUGAUAUGGGGGAACGACAGGACGAAUAUGAGGAGAUUGAUGCUGUAUACACUGAGGAAAAGAAACAGCUUCAUGAACUUGAGGAACGAUUUACCACACUGGAGGCAGAGUACCUGCAGAUCAUGGAGGAGCGUCGUGUUGCGCGAGAACGACGCGAAGCAGCCGAGAGAGAAAUGGCUCUGAUGAUAAAAUCUGCCACAACCAUUCAGGCAUUCUGGAGAUCCUACAAGGUCAGGAAAGCCCUCAAGGCCCGCAAGAAGAAAGGCGGUGGCAAAAAGAAGAAGUAGGAAGUAAUGCGAAUUUUGUACAUCAUAGUUGUGAAUAGCUGGGCUGAUCAAAACAGUCAAGUGUGACAUCAAGCCUAAUUUUUCAUAUGGUUUGUGUAGAACUUGUGCAAACAUGAAACAAAAUCUUGGCCUUGUAUAUAACUCAUUUGAAGAUGUAAAUUUUCAACAAGGUGAUUUUGUUGCAGUUUAAGUCAAAUCAUGUAGCAUGUGGCUUUCAAGACAACCUGACAUUAAGAACUAUCACAAGUUCAAGUGUACAUACAAAUAUAGCUUGCAUUCGAAAUUGGUACCAUAUAUUUUCAAUAUGAACUGUAAUAGAAUUGAUUUUCCGAAAGGCUCUGUAUAACUU